GGUAAUCCCUGUGGCUACCCUGGAUACCCAUUGCGGCUCCAGAAUUCUCUGCUUAGGCAGAGCAGCUCUACCCACAGCCUGCUUAGAACACCUCCCCUUUUACCAUCACUGAGGCCAAAGGUUGAGGAGCUAGGGUAUGAUCACCAACACAUGGUCUGCAAAGUCAGAUACUACUUUUCCCUUAAGGCCAGUACAGGGUCCCAGAGAGCCUGGGGAGAAAGUGGAGAUGCUCUGAGCAUAGAGACAAGCAACAUUCUCUCAGUCCCCAAGCAGAGGUGAAGCUACGCCCUUUCAGUCAGCACCAAGAGCGAAAGUCAGAGCCCCUGUCCUGGGCCAGAGCACCAGCACGUCAACAGUCUAGCCUGGGGACAGAAGGGAUGCAGGACUUUCCCAAGGCGGGGAGACACCUGACAAAAGGCACAGUAAAAAGGAAGACAGAAGAGCCAGCUCAGCAAAAAGGUUCUGAAAGAGUGUCAGCUACUGGCAAAUCCAUACAGCUGACAAGAUGCAGGUCAACCUUCUGUCUCAGGACAACUGAUACCCCCUCUCCUGGGAACAGAAGACCCGGCCCACUUGACCACCCUUCCUCAAACAGCACCACCCUCAACCGCACCCAAGCAAGACAGGCUGGCUCUCCAAACCCAGCCAGGGGACAGCCAUCCUAGUGUUCAGGAGUCAGAAGCCCAGGAGGAAAUAGCCCCAGGAGAUAUUAAAUACCGCCUGGAGCCCCUUCCCAAGGCUCCACUCCAGACGCAACCCCCAAGCUACUCCAACCAGCACAGCAAGCCUCAGUGGCUCCCCUUCAGUACAACCUAUGGAGAAUGUUAUAAGCCCGGGAGGAUACAGCCUGUGACUUACCAUGGGGAGAAACCCUCCCAUUCAGAUUUCCUUGCAGAGCCCUCUUCUUGGUCAGUCCACGUUCCCAGUUCAUAUUCAGGGCAGAAAAAUAGGACCAAUAGUGCGUCCAGGCCACAUGGAGUACACCAGCCAAUACCAGAGUGACUUCCAAGCCUCAGGGUGGAAUCAAGUCCUCAAAACUGACCCAGACAAAAGAAGCCAGGGGAUCAACAAAUACACCCAGACUGUGCAGAAAGACAAUGCCCCUGGCUGGCAGUCCACUAUGCAUCAGCAUCCGAAACCGAGAUGGGUGAAGCAGGAGAUGACCAUCCUGGGUAGGAAGAGCACUGUCAAGUUUGACGGAGGCACAGUGACCAGGAUGUCUUAUCUACCUCCUCCCAAACCCCUGGUAAAAAGAGUCAAGGGUAAGUGCCCCUCUAGCACACUCAGGGUCUUCAAAGCCAAGUUACAAACUGAAACUACCAGCAAGCAAUUCUUCCAGGACUGUAGAACUCAGCCCCAAGUAUGCUACGGAGACCUUCAUCACAGAGGCUAUGACAAGCCCCUGCUGACUGCUCUCUGUCCCCUCAAGAGUGUGGGUUCGCAGGCACCACCUCAGGAACAAACUACCACCAGGACCUCCUACAUGCCCUUGUUUUCUGAAAGAUUGAACCUCUGUAAGCUCAAGGUCAACAGCAGCAAAUGGGAGCCAAACAAAAUUUCUCUACUGAGCAAAGGAAAACAUUCAGACCAGUCCAGCUGCCUGAAAGCCGGCUCCAGAAGUACUUUUGACAAGAGGACUCAAAAUCCCAAAAAAAUAAUAAUAAUCGGGAGAAAGAAACCGCCCAAAUAACCUAUGCAAAAAUGCACAGUUGGGCACCCAUAUCGAACCUUAAAACUGAGGUCCCACCGUAACUACCUCAUAGCACAGACUCAGUUUUCCCCCUGGGAUUUCCCAGUCACACCCUGACCCUAAUACAACUCUUUGAAACUAACUGAGCAAGGGUGAGUAACCUUUUUAGAAAGGAAGGAUGCACUGUGAGUCUUAGAAGGUCAGUGUGUUCCAGGACUCCUGAGGGAAAAAGAGGUCAGACUAUUUCCCCCUAACUAAUGAAUGAAUGGCAAAGCAUCAAAA